ACCUCAGAUGUGCAGCCUCAAAACGAAGCCCACUGACGUCCAUGUCGCUCGACCGUGUUGACAGAAAUACAACAAAGAGACGAGCUGCUUGUAGCGACAUGAUAAAUACCACGUUAAUUACCAAGUAAUUUACCUCACAUAUAUGGCAACAUAGGAAACUGACAUAAGUAAAGGUGGCACAGGUGUGGGCACAACUGGAUGUCAACACAGAGGAAAGGACAUUUGAGACAUUUGAGAGUUAAACUGCAUCUGAAGAAGUAAAAGUGCGAAUCGGCAGCCAGAAGACCACAAAGCACUGUUUGCAUACUGUAAAUAUUGCAGAAGUGUAGACACGAAAAGAAAGUUCUGGUCUAGGUCUUUCUGUAGUUCAGAUUGCCUUAGCAGACAAGUUCUUUAUUACACCUGUCCAGGUAUAAUUUUCUAUACUGUGUGCAAUAUUUAUUCACAUAAAUAUUUAUUUCUCUUCUUUUAGAAGAGCCCUUGUAAUAAAUCUUGUGUGGCAGCAUUGCUCUGAAUUAUUGAGCCUAAGCUGUAUGAAGAAUUUAUAAAUAUCUGAUAAGAUUCUUUAGUGACACUUUUUAUUGAGGCCUUGUGGACACUGUGAAUGGUUCACUAGGUCUUAUUAGACCUUAGUAAGGCAUUAGAAAAGUGAAAAAGACAUGGAAAAGCUUUAGAAACUUAAAACAAAUGGCAACAAAGAUGGAGAACAUUGGGCCUGCUGUCAUAGGUUUAAACACACACAAUAGGCAUGUUAUAGGACAGCCUAAAGGCCGCUCUCAGUUAGGGCCCCAAUCUGUGAGUUCUCAGCCUGGAAAGGAGCCCAUGGGGACCCAGAAACCAGCCAAUGCAUCUCAGGAAGGACCUGGAAUCAGGUUUGGUGAUGACUGGAAAAAAAGCCUACUGCUCCCGGCUAAGGACAAUAGAGUAAAAACUUCUGAUGUGACUGCAACCAAAGGGAAUGAGUUUGAGGACUACUGUCUAAAGAGAGAGCUGCUGAUGGGCAUUUUUGAGAUGGGCUGGGAAAAGCCCUCCCCCAUUCAGGAGGAGAGUAUUCCUAUUGCCCUUUCUGGCCGCGAUAUACUGGCUCGUGCCAAAAACGGGACCGGAAAGAGUGGUGCAUACCUUAUCCCCCUUCUGGAGAGAAUUGACAUAAAAAAGGAUCAUAUCCAGGCCAUUGUGAUAGUUCCCACUCGUGAACUGGCUCUGCAAGUCAGUCAGAUCAGUAUUCAGAUCAGCAAGCACCUGGGUGGAGUCAAGGUCAUGGCAACCACAGGUGGGACCAACCUACGAGAUGAUAUCAUGCGCCUGGAUGAGGAGGUUCAUGUUGUUAUAGCAACACCUGGCAGAAUCUUGGACUUGAUAAAAAAGGGCAUAGCCAAAGUGAAUAAAGUUCAGAUGAUGGUUAUGGAUGAGGCUGAUAAACUGCUCUCUCGGGACUUUGUGGUUAUUAUUGAGGACAUCAUUGGUUUCCUUUCAAAGAACAGACAGAUUCUGCUCUAUUCAGCCACAUUCCCCAUCAGUGUACAGAAGUUCAUGGCAAAGCACCUGCAGAAGCCCUAUGAGAUUAAUCUGAUGGAGGAACUGACCCUAAAAGGCAUUACGCAGUACUAUGCUUACGUCACAGAAAGACAGAAAGUCCACUGCCUUAACACACUGUUCUCCAGGUUGCAGAUAAAUCAGUCCAUCAUCUUUUGUAACUCUACUCAGCGAGUGGAGCUUUUGGCCAAGAAGAUCACGCAGCUGGGCUGCUCCUGCUUUUACAUUCAUGCUAAGAUGAUGCAGGAAUACAGAAACCGUGUUUUCCACGACUUCAGAAAUGGGCUCUGCAGGAACCUCGUUUCCACCGAUUUAUUCACUAGAGGCAUCGACAUCCAGGCAGUAAAUGUGGUCAUCAACUUUGACUUCCCCAAGAAUGCAGAAACAUAUCUGCAUCGCAUCGGACGCUCAGGACGGUUUGGACAUCUGGGUUUGGCAAUCAAUCUCAUUACGGCUGAGGAUCGUUUUAACCUGAAGACCAUUGAGGACCAGCUGAUGACAGACAUAAAGCCCAUUCCCGGUAGCAUCGAUAAGAGCCUGUAUGUGGCAGAGUUUCACUCUGUGAACCCUGACUGUGAGGCAGAGGCAUCUCACCCUGGCGGAGGGUCUGAAGCCCAUUAGGAAGCACCAUUAGAGAGCAGGAUAGUUGGAGAAACUGAACCUGACUUUUGCACAAACCAGUUACUUCUCUGCUCGUAUCUUUCAUCAUCUUUUCCAGCUCCACAGUUUUUUUUUUCUUUUUUUUUUUCAUUCAUUGUUCAUUUUUAGGGGGGUUAUACCUCUUUAUAAAUGACCAGUUGAGACAUGCAAGAACAAAAACUAAACAUUCAGAGAAAGGUUCCUAUUUGAUAGAAAACAAUAAACAAAGGUAUUGGUGAACAUA